UUGUGCGUAUCCUCCAAAGUGGAGAAAUAACGAUAAAAUUGACCCGGUUUGACCAACCGUCCAGAAAUUCCUGUCUAUCUUAUCAACGGGAAGGUCCGCUUUUUUCCAAUGAAAUAACUUUUAUCUGCCGACCAUAGAUUAAGCUUUUAAACGGAACGCAAACGUGUUUUCUCAAGAACGACUUUUCUUUGUAUUCAUCAAUUAGAUAAACGUUAUUCAUUCGUUAAUUGUCAAGUUGUUAUUCGCGACCGCGAUCUCGUUUCUUAUUUUUCGCGGGUCCGUCGAGGAUCUUUGUCAUAAAAAUGUAACUGCGAAUGUUUGAAAACUGUGAGAGGAAAAGUGGGCAAGGAAAUACGCGGUGUUUAAUAUAAUUUUGCUUGAAUGCCUUCCCCAAAAUGAUUGCGCCAAGUAAUGAAUAAGGGACAAAACGGUCGAUAGGAUCGACCUUCCCACCCCGUCCGAAAGCGGCGUUUUCGCUGGCGUAGUGAGCGUUUCCAUUGGUGGGAAGACGGGGCGAUCGGUCGAUUGUCGAACCCGCUGGUCUCGAGCCUGACGGCGAAUGGCGACUGGCAGGUCUGUCGAGGCAACGGGACGAACGGAGCUCGGACUCGAGGCGGUGUUGCAGAAACUCGGGAACGUAGCGCGGCGCGGGCGAACGCCGGGGCCGGGGGAUGAGCUCGUGACGCGUGACCGAGGGCCACGAUCGAUCGCGGAGCGGCUCGGGUUGCGAGGUCGGCAGGCGUUCGCGGUUAAUUAUGUGUGUCGGUGAGGUGGGACGUUAAUCCCUGGCGCCAGGUCGCGACAUGUUCCACCACGAGUACGAGAAACGGCUGCUGAAGCCGGUGGCGAGCGGCGACGCCUCGACGACGACGGGCACUGCGCUGCCCGGCGCCGUCGCCGUCGCCGCCUACUCGCCCAUCUACUUCUCACCCACGAAGACGUCGGCGUGCAACAACAGCUACGAUCGCUUCAUACCCACCCGCUCGGGCAACAACUGGCAGACGACGUUCUCGAUGAUCAGCGAGAACGGCCGGGGCGGCCUGGUGGCGAAGAAGACGCGGGAGAACGGCGAGGGUAGCCGCGACGGCAUCGCGUACUCCUGCCUGCUCAAGAACGAACUGCUCGGGGCCAGCAUCGAGGACGUCAAGGGCCAGUGCGAGGAGCGCCGGGUGCUCUCGCCGUUGGUGACCAAGAACCUCUUCAAGUACACCACGCCCACCAAGGACCGAACGCUGCUGGAUCAGAGCUCGCCGUACUCCUUGUCGCCGCUCAGCGCCAAGAGCCAGAAGCUGCUGAGGUCGCCCAGAAAGGCGACGAGGAAGAUCUCGCGGAUCCCCUUCAAGGUGCUGGACGCUCCGGAGCUGCAGGACGACUUCUACCUGAACCUGGUCGACUGGUCCUCCCAGAACGUCCUCAGCGUCGGCCUGGGCAGCUGCGUCUACCUCUGGUCGGCGUGCACCAGCCAAGUGACCAGACUCUGCGAUCUGUCGAGCGACGGCAACAGCGUCACCUCUGUCGCGUGGAACGAGCGCGGCAACCUGGUGGCGGUGGGCACGCACAUGGGCUACAUACAGGUGUGGGACGUGGCGGUCAACAAGCAGGUGAGCAAGUUGCAGGGCCACAGCGCCCGGGUGGGAGCCCUGGCGUGGAACGGUGAGGUUCUCUCGUCCGGCAGUAGGGACCGGUUGAUACUGCAAAGGGACGUGAGGACGCCGUGCGUCGUCGGCGAGCGGCGGCUCGGUGCCCAUCGACAGGAGGUGUGCGGCCUCAAGUGGUCACCGGACAAUCAGUACCUGGCGUCCGGCGGCAAUGACAAUCGGCUCUACGUGUGGAACCUGCACUCCCUCUCGCCCAUCCAGACCUACACCGAGCACCUCGCGGCGGUCAAAGCGAUCGCCUGGUCGCCUCAUCAUCACGGCCUGCUGGCGUCCGGCGGCGGCACCGCCGACCGUUGCAUCCGUUUCUGGAACACCCUCACCGGCCAGCCGAUGCAAUGCGUCGACACCGGCUCGCAAGUCUGCAACCUAGCGUGGAGCAAGCACAGCUCCGAGCUCGUCAGCACGCACGGCUACUCGCAGAAUCAGAUCCUCGUGUGGAAGUACCCGAGCCUCACGCAGGUCGCCAAGCUCACCGGCCACUCGUACCGGGUCCUCUACCUGGCCAUGUCGCCCGACGGCGAGGCGAUCGUCACUGGCGCGGGCGACGAGACUCUCCGCUUCUGGAACGUGUUCAGCAAGGCCCGCAGUCAGAAGGAGAACAAGUCUGUGCUGAAUCUGUUCACGAGUAUCCGAUAAACGGCGGCUGGACUCUACUGCUCGUGCUGACAAAGCCUCGCGAGAUGUCUUUUAAUAUGUAUUUUGUACAUAUACACACAUACGUAUCUGUCGUCAUAAAAUAUAUCGUAGAGUAUUCUAAAAGAGACGAUAUAUACAAUAUAUAUAUACACACAUACACACACUUAUAGAAACAUAUAUAUAUAUACACAUAUGAAAUAUAUAUAAAACUGCGCUAGAGGUACUAGAGGAACAUUCUUAGAGACUCGUAUAGGAGAUAAGAAUUACGUGGUGUUCGUAUAGGAUAAGUCUGCGAUACGUUGAGUACUUGUGUGCAAUACUCGUUGCUAUUCUCCGGUAGAGAGUAAUCUGGCGAGAAAGAGAGAAGGAAAGAUUACGCAUCCCGGAGACAGUCGCUGCGAGACACUCUAUAUUUUUUAUGCACUUUAUAUACACUUAUUUUUAUAUGUCACUACAGAAUUAUGGAUAUUUGUACGGGGUGUCGCAGAGAUCGCAAACUCGAAAAAGCGGCGAAUCUGAGGCAGAUUUUUCUUCUCGAUUAUCGGUAACAAAAUUAUGAAAAGAUCAGUCUUGAAUUUGGAGAUAAUCGAACCGUAAUACCUUCUUCUUGUUGUCUAAAGUAUGAUUAUUUUAUUUGAACUCAAAUUGUUCUUUCAUUUAACAGGGCAGUCUGUCGCAACCAACAAGAUUUUCCCCGAGAGAAAUCUACUCCAGAUUUGCCACAGGAUCUGUAAUUGAAAUUAAGUCGCUCUGGGACACUCUGUGCAACGCGCUUGCGUUUUCUAUUCUACUUUGCAUCGUACAUUAUGACGAUGUUGGAGUAUACGCGAUUUGUAUCAUGCUGGAUCUUCGAUCGGGAAUUAUACAGCGACGAUCUAUCAUGCAUUUCAUAAAUUUGCAGUUCUCAUUUAUCUAACGGAUGUAUUUGAUCGCUAUAUCUCCCUAACUUUGUGAACUGCCCACUUAAAAAUCUGCAGACUAAUCAGACCUUGACAGAGAUAAGAAUAAAGUCUGCGAGAAUUCUAUAAAAGCUAUCUCACAUUCUUUCUAUCGUUCUGCUGUCCUCAGUGUGCUUUAUUAGUCACUGUUGAAAAGGUCCAGAUUUGCUUCUACGGAAUUUUUCCGUUGCGUUAUCGUACAACUAAUGCUAAUUUAUAGUUUACGCUCGGCAAAUUGUACAGAUUUAAACUGAAAACGUAACUUAUCAAGCAAAUCUACUAAUUUAUAUUAUAACAAAAAGAAUAUGCAUAUAUAUAUAUCGCAUUAAUAUACUUUACGUAAUGUUGGAGAAAUAAGAGUUUGACGAGAGAGAAAAUUGUACAAUCGAGGAAAUCCGCGUGUAGUUCGCAAACGUAUUUUAUGCGCAAUCUAUUUUUCGCGAUAUCGUAUAUCGUACGUUUGAGUGCACGAGUGUAUAAUAAAAAGUAAGAAACUAAAAUAAAACUGAAAUACAUAUUAAAAAAUCGAGAUGUAAUUCUCAGCGAGGGAUAUUUCGUUUACGAAUCGUCCGCCGAAAGCGAAUAACCGACGAUUGUCGUUUAACAUACGUUAUUGCUCUAGUAUAAUAUGAUGUAUAAAAUAUUUUUAUACAAUCGCUAUAUAUCGUUAAACGAAAUGCGUACACGCCUAUGACGCUUUGCUCGAUUCACGCGCGGCAAUUAACCAGGAAGACGCACCGGAAGUAAAAGAAAAAGGGAAUGCAAAUUACAGCGUUACGGUCCUACAUGUGCACUGCAUUCUGUAUGCACCAGGAUACGACCGAGCUUCUUACAAUAAGCUAAUUACAAAUAGAAACGUGUUUCCUCGCAGUUUCUACGCAACAUCGUUCGAUAAUAUUCGUAACGUGUAAUUAAAUUUAAAUGGAAACACAUUUUGUUUUCCACAAUGAAAUAAAAAAAAAAUGCAUACGCGUAUGAUUGUAAACGAUAUCAGUUCUGUUAGAUGUAAAAGAAAACUAUCAAAAUUACAUGUGAGAUAUUGAAACUAGUAAAAUUAUAUAAAGCCAUUAAAACGUACCGAAACUAAUUGCUGGCUUCUAUUUAUAUAUUAAAGAUGGUAUUUUAAAAAACGAUGUAUAAAGGUUAAAGUCUACUAGUCAAAUUUAGUCAAUAGUGAAAAUUCUUUUGGGCUCGAUACUGAAGACAUUGCCUUUAUGAAUGUUUCUCUCUUACAAUGUGUAAUAUAAUUGUGUAAUAUUUUUCUUAAUGUGUUUAUAGAAACGAUAUCGUUUACGUUCUUAACGUAUGUGAGUUAUUUGGACAUUUGAUAAAUACAAUAUCUUGUGGUAAUCAGUGUAUUCUUUGGAAAAUAUACACGUUUUGGGCAAAAAUGUAUAAAUUCUAGAGAAUACGCAUUAUGGAGAUCUUUAUGUAUAAGUGCGAAAGUUUUAAAUUAACUUUCACAGUUUGAUCCUUAAAUCUAUGAUGUACUACUGUAGACGCAAUAUUUGUUGUCACACAUGCAUCGAGGUUUAAAAAAUAUUGAAGAUAUUUAUAUGAGUGUAUAAUAGAAAUAUAUAUUUUGAGGUAUUACUUUUGGCAAAUUAUACGCUAAUAUCUAUCAUAUAGUCGGCUUUCUAUCCAAAUUGCGUGUAAUGAUUUCAUUUCAGAUUUUUUAUCACUUUUUACAAUAAUUUUUGUCAGUCGCCGAUAUUCGAAUACAAUCUUGUUAAUUAUGAUAAUUGUGAGAUAUCUCGUUCUUACAAAGGAGAUACAUAUAUACGUCUAAGAUAUUUAACAAGUCAGUUUUGUAUCUAUCAUUAAUUUGAUGACAAUUACAAAUUCAUAUACAUGUACGAUCACGUUUAUACAAUGUAAUUUUAGUUUAUAUAUUUUUUUUAGAGAAACAUAAUCGCGAAAAAUUGUCUAUAUUGUUAAUAUAUACAUGCAUAUACAAAACGUAAUUAUACUUUCAAAGAUUCGGCUAUUAUGUAAUUGCCCGCAAGUCAAAUGAAUAAGUGUUAGAAUAAAAAUAUUUAGUAAACUUUCAAAUGUAUUCACUUAUUAUGGGUUAAAUAAAAUAAUUCUGUUAUAAAAAUAUAA